GCGCCAACCUAGGAAGGAAGCAAGCUUAAAUACCUGCCGACAGAACCUUUUGUCCUCAGGAAGCAAAUAAGGAAAGAAGCAGAAAAGGGAUAAAUCACCUCAGUACAUGUGUACCGUCCUGUAUCACUAGUACGCUCCCUUGACACUGGCGCAACCCACCCCAAGGCUCACCAGACAGAUUCUUGGCAGCGGGCCCCAAUCCAUUGCCCACCACUAAACUGUCACCUUGGCCUUGCAUCGCCAUCUUACCAGAGACAACCUACCUUACAUUUGCGGACGGCUUCGCAAAGAUUCGAAUCCACCUGCAUUCGUUAGGAGCGAUACUAUAUUCUUUGUCUUUAUUUCUCUCUUUUGCCGGCAUCUUUUUGCUUCCUUCUUUCCCAAGGCUCACACGUCCCAAUGCUCACCUAGACGUUGCCAUUGUUCCUCGGCCCGCAUUCAUAGCGCUCGGAUUGGACGAUAGCAAGAAUUAUGGAUGAUGUCAACCGCCGCAGCAAUGGAGGCGUGAAAGCCAGGAGCCAGAAACUGAACAUUACAGUUUUCUCUGGAGACGGCCAACUCUCAACCGCCCCAGGCACUGCUGCAAAUAGCCUCGUCGACGUCUUCAACAGGAUCAUCGAGAGAAAGAACCGCGAGCUCCACUAUGUCAUACCUAUCAGUGACAAUGGGGGAAGCAGUUCCGAGCUGAUCAGAUUCGUCGGCGGCCCUAGCGUGGGAGACAUCCGCAGCCGUCUUGUCAGACUGAUCCCCAACUGCGAGGGCGACGAGGAGAUGAAGGCGCUCAAGGUGCUCUUCGAACACCGCCUCAACUCCGACGCCGCCAAAGCUCGCGAAGAGUGGUCGGAAAUCGUCGAGGGCCGGAACCUGCUAUGGGGCUUUAUCUCUAGCCCUAAGCGCGAGCUGAUCCGGUCCUUCCUCAACACGCUGAACCUCGAACUCGUCAAGCGGGUCAGGCCGGGUUCUGUCUUCAACUUUGCUAACGCCAGUAUUGGCAACAUGUUCUUGACUGGCGCUCGCAUCUUCUCGGGAUCGUUCGAGUCUGCUAUCUACCUGCUCUCCAUCGUCUGCGCCAUGCCGUCGUCUGUGAACGUCCUACCCGCCAUAAACUCAAAUCAUACACACCACAUCUCUGCUGGGUUGGCCGACGGCACACAGAUCACGGGCCAGGUCAUGAUCUCGCACCCGUCAGCCCCGACGGCGCUCCCGGACGAGACGCUGGUGGCUCCGGCACUGACUGCGGAAGAUCACGACAGGAUAGAGGAUGCCAGCCUGCCGGGAAGCUUGCCAGUCCUACGGCGGCAGCACAUCACCUUCAGCAAGCAGGAUGAGGAGGAACUGCCCGCGCGCAUCCAGCGCCUGUGGUACAUUAACCAGUACGGCCAUGAAAUAUGGCCCGUCGCCAACCCAAAGGUGCUCGAUGCGCUGCAGGCGUCGUCGGUCAUCGUCUACUGCAUAGGCAGCCUGUACACGAGCAUCGUCCCGAGCCUGGUGCUGCGGGGCGUCGGCGAGCGCAUCGCCGUCACGGCAACAACGCCCUGCCACAAGAUCCUGCUCCUCAACAGCCGGCUGGACCGCGAGACAGGGCCCGUCGGGACGGACCCCAUGACGGCGCGCGACUUUGUGGUCGCCAUUGCGCGCGCCGCUGCCGAGAGCUGGACGCUGCCCGAGGCCCUCCGGCGGCAGGGCGGGCUCGACGCCCUGUUGAGCACCUAUGUCAGUCACCUCGUCUACCCGGCCGGCCUCGACGAGGCCAGGACAUCGGGCGCGCCCCACGUCGACGUCGCCGAGCUGCAGCGGCUGGGCGUCGUGUGCGUCAAGGUCGCGGCCAGGACCGUACUGCUGCAGGACAAGACGCCCAUGCUGAGAUACGACGAGGGUGCCCUGGGCGAGGCGCUCGAGGCCAUCAUUGACUCGUGAGGAGCGGAAAUCCGGAGAGCGGGAGAAAAGGGGGGUUGAGGGGCUUAGCAGAGCACAUAGCCUUUUUCUGGGUAGUUUGAUCAGCGCUGCACUUUCUUGACCGGAGCUUUUUUUCUUUUAUUUUCCUCUUCUACAAAUAGAAAGAAUUUGGGCCGAGAGCCUGUACUCCUCCUGUAGAGCGUUUUUUUCUUUUUCUAU